AUGUCUGCCGUCGAACUCGACGAGGAAAUCGAUGAAGUCGAAGACGAAGAUGCGCCGCUGCUCGACGAGAGCGGCCGUCGAGACAAUGUCUGGGCCGAGGAGGCCGCGUCUUGGGGUCGGCUUCGAGGCCCAACGUCGCCCUGGAGGGUCGUCGAGGCCAAGCCCUGGCAGGCCCGGUCCGGCAGCACCAUCGUCCUCCUCGCCGCGACGGUCAAGUUUUGCAUCACGGCGAGCGGCAUGCUGAUGCUCAUCCCCCUCUACCGCCUCAUCGAGGAUGCCGUCUGCCACGCCUACUACGACGACUCCAGCCCGGAGUUGAUGGACGAGAGGCGAUGCAAGGGCGACGAGGUCCAGUCGCGCCUCGCCUACCUGCUCGGCUGGCUGGGCCUCUUCAACUCGAUGAUGACGGCAGCUCUCCUUGUCGCCUACCCCUACGGCUUGCUCGCCGACCGGCUCGGUCGAAAGCCGACGGCCGUCCUGGCCUAUCUCGGCCUCGCCACCUCCUUCGCCUUCUCGCCCUUGAUGUUCAGCCUGUGGCGGACGCAGGUCCGUGAGAACCCGUACCUGCUCAUGACCGCCUCCCUCUUCUUGCUGCUCGGCGGCGGCGUUCCUGUCUUGCUCGCCACCCUCUACGCCAUGGCCGCCGACGUGAGCGCGGACGAGCAAAAGCCUCCCCCCGUUUUCCCGCCUCGCAGGGCCGCGAGCUUCCUCUACCUCACCUUUGGCGCGACGGCCGGCGGCCUCGUCGGCCCGCUGCUCGCCGGCCUUCUCAUGGAAAGGCACGGGCCGUGGGUGCCCAUCUACGUCGUCAUGGCCGUGACGCCCUUUAUGCUCUGCAUCUUCUUCUUCAUCCCCGAGACGUUGCCGACCCGGUCGAAGCUAGACCGGCCUCUCGACGAUUGGAGGAGCGCCGUUGCCGAUGGUCUCGGGGACCUCGUCCGCUCCCUCGGCAUGAUGAGGAACGUCAACAUCCCGCUGAUCCUCGUCACCUUCCUCUUCCAGAGCGCACGCUUUACCGCCUACACCUCGACCUUGGUGCAGUACGUGAGCAAGCACUUUGGCUGGACGCUGGCCGAGACGAGUCUCCUGCUAUCCCCUCUGGGCAUCCUGAACCUCGUCGUCCUCGUCGCCCUGCCCAAGCUGUCGCGGGUGCUCAUGUCGCCGCGCUUCCGAUUCACCGUCUUCGGCAAGGACCUCUUCCUGACCCAGGUCUCGACCCUCAUCAUCAUCGUCGGCGCCCUCAUCGAAGCCUUCAGCCGGCACGUUGGCAUUUUCCUGUUCGGCCUCUUCAUCGGCACCUUUGGCGCCGCCGACAGCCCCCUCGCCCGCGCCACCGUCUCGCAUCACGUCGACGGCCGGCACACGUCGAGGCUGUACGCCUUGAUCGGCAUCGUCGAGGUGCUGGGGGGCUUCGUCGGGGGGCCCGCUCUCGCCUGGUUCUUCGACCAAGGACUGCGCAGAAAAGGCUUGUACACGGGCCUGCCUUGGCUUUACGUUGCAUCGCUCUGCAGCGUCGCCCUCGCCGCGCUCUUCUUCGUGCAGCCACCAAGGAAGAGCACCGAGGAUGCGGCCUUUGAACAGGGAGACGAACUGGAUCGAUCGGCGGAGCACGACUGGCAUGCCGAAUAG